AUGUGGGACCGCUUCAGGUCGGGAACGGGCACGGGAGGGGCGCCUGGUAAUGCUCAAGGCCCUGGGUAUGGUCAUGGUCAUGAUCCCUCCUCAAGCUCGAGGAAACAACAGCAGCAGCAGCGAUCGAACCUGUCCUCUAAUAAUAGUUACUACUCCAACGACACCAACUCCAACAGCUCCAACAGCUGGCAGCCACGUUCCUCAGUCAUCGCCCAGCGUCAGCGUCAGCAGCAGCAACAGCAACAAUCACAACCACAACACUACCCACACCAACACCAGAACCAACGAUCAGCCUCGGUCGACAACUACCCCGGCGGCGGCAGUACUGGUGGCUACGGGGGCUAUCAGUACAGCAUCAAGGGCGGCCCUCCUCCUCCAAGGCCACUCAGGGACUUCGAAGUUCCACCACCAGUCCAACCUCCUGCCCGCCAACAGACCUUCCCUCCACAACAGCUAAACCCGCGACAAGACCCUCGCGACUCCAUCGCCGGCCGCCCAACCUCGUCGGUUUAUUCCCAACCCUCGCCUCUGCAUACAAGCUUUGCGCCUCAGCGCGACCGCGUCAACGUCUCGCGAAAGCAACCCGACGGGUUUGAGGACGUCUCUCCCCCGAGCUCGCCCGAAUUGUUAUCUCCCGGAAAUGUGCGCAACCUCGACAUCUCCCCCAUAGACGAAGAGGACGACCCCUCCUACCCCCAGCCUUUGCCCAAGAUGUCUGCUGUCAGCGCCCUCCCCUCCCAGCAACGGGUCGCCAGCCGGCAAGGCGACACGCCCUCUCCAAAUGCUAGAUCCAACAUCCCCAUGAUGCGUCGCGAGAAGAGGCAACAAAGAGACGCGGCUGCGGGUCGGCUGCGGGCAUCCCCCAGCCAGGAUGCGCUGCGGGACACACCACCACGAGAGCAAAGUUUACGACCCAUGGACAGCAGAGAAAGGCUACGACAGCCAUCGCCCGUGCCACAGUCCCUGAAGGCCAUGGACAGCAAAGAGCGACUACGCCAACCCACCGUGGACUACAGCCAGAAGCCAGGGAGUAGCAACGGCAGGCCACGUGGCGAGAAGAAUCCCCGUUGGGACCCGAUGACGGGCGAGAUCGCCAUGAACAACGAGAAGUCCAAGCCAUCACAAGUCAAGCCACUCGAGUUCGCACGAGGCUUUGGGCUCGGCAUAACCUCUCCGACGGCAGCAGAACGGGGGACGGCCACCUCGCCCGUGCCCCCAAAGAGCGCUUCCGGUAUGGGCGAUCGCAUGAGGCUGAUGGGCUCGAGAAUGGGAGUCGGUUCCGGGCCCAAGCAGCAGCAGCAGCAGCAGCAGCAGCCCGAAAGCAAUACUGACCCCGCUGCGGCAGCAUUUUCGUCCAACAGGCCGGGCUGGCGUGGCGCGUCCGGACGAACCGCCAUCGUCGAACCGGUCAAGGACAACCCAGAAGUGGCACCCCUCAAGAUCCCACCACGAAGCGACAAGCGAAGCUCGCCGCGACCGUACGGAGGCCCCAGUCCCAGCCCCAGCCCGAGUCCCGGGCCCGGCCUCAGCCCAGGCGGGGUCGGUAGCGGCGAUGCUGCCAUGUCCAGCCCACCUAUAAGUCCUGAAACCCAAGUGAGGGAGCAGAGCCAGAAGCAGCAAAUGGGAGGCGGCAGCGGUGCAGGGAAGGGCCCGCUGCUGAGCCCGAGCAGUCUAGGGGGCACCAUGGCCAACACCAUCCGAAGAAUCAUCCCGUCUUCGCAGCGUCUCCCUAGUGGAGCGGGAGCGGGAAGUGGAAAUGCGACUGCAACUGGAACCAGUGCGAGUGUCAGCCUGCAGGGCUAUCCCAGCCCACCGCUCUCUAGCAGCCCAACCCACCUGGCGGGGCUGGGCACGCUGGGCCAGCAAUCUGCACCUGUCAAUGCCAACGGCGGAGCUAAUCAUGCAGCCACUGUAAAGAUAGACUCUGAUGCGGCCGGGAUCGACACGCAGCACCCUGCUGACACCUCCUAUCACUCACCGACGGCCUCCGCGUCACCACCACCACCACCAUCAUCAUCAUCACCACCACCGCCGCCACACCAUCAACAACAACCACGGCCGUCGUCGCCGUCAUUUUCCUCCGCAGAGCCCUCCCCGACUGCAUCCCAGGCACCGAUCCGAAGGAAGCAGGUGGGCAGCGGUGGGCCUCCCUCUGCACACUUGCAACCAGGCCGCGGCGCACAUCAUCAGCCUAAGGAGUCGUUUGCGUCGUCCGUCUACUCGCAGCAGACCGAGGACGCCGCUCCGGCUCAGCAGUAUCCAACCGACCAGGAAACACCUCCCAGGCCGGCGCCGAUCAUCGACACCAGAAACCUUCCUGGUGCAGGCAACGACGACUCGCCCUACGUGCAGCCGCCCUCGCGUUUCAGCGUCACCACUUACGCGACCUCGGCACACACCUCGACUCCUCGCGAAUCCCUUGAGCAGUUCGACCGCAAUUACUACAACGACGCCGAUGCCCCCCCGCUGCCAACUCCUCCCAAGGACUACCCUAUGACGUCCUACCUCGACAACGAGAUCCCCAGAAGCAAACAACCAAAAGGCGCCAGCGUCAUGGACCGCAGCCGGCCCAAAACCCGCAACGGCAACGGUGCUUGGGAUGAUGACCACGACGCCGCCCCUGUCAAGAUCAGCCUCAGUCAACCUUGGAUGUCAACGGCUGGUGCCAAUAGUGCCGGCAUCAACGCACAAAAUUCGCCGCCGCGAGCCAGGAAGGAGGCGCCCAGAGGCCCACGCGAGCAGGCCGGAAAGGAGAACCGAGGACUUCUCGCCGUCGCCCUCAAGAACGACUCGACCAACACAUCACGCCCCGCCUCCAUCUUGUCCGUCGACAAAGCCCUGCCCGCCGCCCCUCCCGAGCUGUCGGCCGAAUCGACCCAAGACCGCGUUGCGAUCCUCAACGCGCAGCUUCAGAGCCUGGGGAACAGGCGCAUAAAUAUCAACAAGAGCAUCAAGCAGAUGACGGAGCUUAUGCCGCAGGAUAACUUGAUGGCCACCCCCGAGGUCAUGCGCAAGCGCGAGAUGGAGAAGCGCAAGGUAGAGGACUUGCAGCAAGAGUUGGCCGACGUGCAGCGGGAGGAGCACGAGCUGGGCAUGAAGCUGCACCGGGCGUACAAGAGGCUGGAUCGGCAGGCGGACUACGAGCCUACCACGCUCUGGGUCAGGCGCGCGACGGGUUCCCUAUCUAGCGACCUCAUCAUUUCCGCCUUGACGGGCUUGGUUGUCUGCGUGCUCCUGGCGUUCUACUUCCGCCAGGCGUCUGCGCGGGAUUCAUGA